UUUGUUUGGAUUUCAGUGAGUUGCGUAUUGACUGAAAAGCAUGCGCGUGUGACACGCGAAUCGCGAGAAAAGAUAAUUAUUAUGUAUAGAGAGUUCUAUUGGAUUUUUGGCUAAAAAUUCUUAUUAUCAAUAUGUGAAUAUUUUCGUUCAAAAAUUUUUUUUUUUUUUUUUUUUUUAUUUUUGGCACCAAUUCAUGGAUUACGGUUUAUGUUAUUACUCCAAAAAAAAAAAGCAUUUUUCAUCUAUAAUUUUAUAACAUAAAUACAACGAUGAAUGAUAUAAGCGAAACAAGAGGCAAUGGCCUCCUUCAACUCAAGAAUGGUGUGGAUUACAUCAAUCCAGGCGAAGAAGAUCAAAUGGAAAUUUACGGGUAUAAACGAAAUGCAAUACAAACUGCCACAACUUGGUGUCUGAUUGUCAUCACAGGAGGGCUACUUAGACUGAUUUUCCAUUGGGUUCCACAUUUAAUGUUGCAAGCAACCCAUUCAAAGUGUCUUUUGGAAGAGGCUGACACCGUUUUGCUUAUAGAGAAAUUUCAGGACAAACAUACAAGUUAUUAUGUGAAAAAAAUAAAGACUCUAACUGCUCAGGAAGUAUCAAAAGCAUCUUCUGAUGGUGACUAUCUAAUUGACAAUGAGCCAUGGUCGGAAAAUGAUAGUAUUAUCACAGUAUCAGAAGGCAAAGAAUUUCCAAUGUUAUCAAUUCAUUUGUCAGGAGGUCAUUUUAAAUCUGUUCCAUCAAUCAUUACAUUUAGUUGCAAGAAAGUUAUUUAUGUCUGGGAUAAAGAUAGAUGUGAAUUUCUUAAACUUAGAGGACUUGAUAAUGGUGUACUUACUUCCACACUUCAUCAAAUGACUGGACUGAGUUCAUUUGAACAGUAUAUGAGACGCAGUAUUUAUGGUAACAAUGAAAUAGUAAUUUCUGUGAAAACAAUAUUGACAUUGUUGUGCCUCGAAGUUCUAAAUCCAUUUUACGUCUUCCAAAUCUUCAGUUUUAGUUUAUGGAUUGCUGACAAUUAUGUUUAUUAUGCUAUGGUUAUUCUCACUAUGUCGGGUGUUAGUGUUGGAAUGGCUGUUUUACAAACUCGACGGAAUCAACAAAAUUUACGAACAACUGUUGCGUCUUCCGAUGUAGCCACAGUAAUACGUGAUCGUACACUGGGUCACACUUGUGAAGUACCUGCAGAACGUCUUGUUCCUGGAGAUAUAAUAGUCAUACCACCUCAUGGUUGUCUAAUGCCAUGCGAUGCAGUACUCCUAACUGGAAAUUGUAUUUUAAAUGAAUCAAUGUUAACUGGGGAAUCUGUUCCUGUUACUAAAACUCCAAUUCCAUCAUCGAAGGAAAUUAUGUACGAUACAAAAGAACACGCUAGGCAUACACUUUAUUCUGGUACGAGAAUAAUUCAAACACGAUAUUUUGGAACUGAAAAGGUAUUAGCAGUUGUUAUAAGAACGGGAUUUAAUACCAGCAAAGGAGGUUUAGUGAGAUCAAUUCUUUAUCCACCGCCAGUUGAUUAUAAAUUUGAACAAGAUUCAUAUAAAUUUGUAAUAAUGCUCGCUUGCAUUGCAGGCAUUGGUGUGAUAUUUACCAUUGUAACCAAAGCAUUGAGAGGCGUUCCAAGUAGUCAUAUAGUGUUAGAAGCAUUGGAUCUCAUAACAAUUGUAGUACCGCCAGCGCUACCUGCAGCCAUGACAGUUGGAAGAUUGUUAGCUCAAAAUCGAUUGGUAAAAAAUAGAAUAUAUUGUACUAGUCCACGAACAAUUAAUGUUUCCGGUUCACUCGAUUGUGUUUGUUUUGAUAAGACCGGUACUUUAACAGAAGACGGUCUUGAUAUGUGGGGCGUUGUUCCUAUUUCAUCGAGAAAAUUUCAAAUUCCAGUUAAAAAUAUUACUCAUCUACCAUUGAAUAAUGUACUUAUUGGAAUGGUAACAUGCCAUGGAAUAACAAUAAUUGAUGAUCAAUUGGUUGGUGAUCCGUUAGAUUUAAAAAUGUUUGAAUCCACCGGCUGGACAUUAGAGGAACCAAAUGUCUCCGAUACAUCUAAAUUUUCAAUGUUAUUUCCAACAGUCGUUCGUCCUCCAUCAGGAUCAAAACUUCUCGAUCAAUCUCUCAGUGAAAUAACAACAUCGCCAAUGAGACAAAAUUCAACAACAUCUGAAAUGACUGAAAAUAUUUCAUUAAAUAAUGUUGAGAGUGCUUUAACUGAAUCAACAGCUGAUUUAGCUGAUCAGGGUUUAGAAAUUGGUAUAGUUAGACAAUUUCCAUUUACAUCGAGCCUACAGCGUAUGAGCGUCAUUACAAGAACUUUAGGUGCAAAUCAUUAUGAUCUCUAUUGCAAAGGAAGUCCAGAAAUGAUUCACAGUCUAUCAAAACCAGAUUCAAUUCCAUCGGAUUUUAAUAGUAUUCUUCAGGAAUAUACAUCAGAGGGAUAUCGAGUAAUAGCUUUAGCGCACAAAUCAUUAAAUCGUUUAACAUAUGCAAAAGUACAACGAAUUGUACGUGAAAAAGUUGAAACGGAUUUGUCAUUUUUGGGCUUUGUGAUACUUGAAAAUCGACUGAAACCGGAAACAAUGCCUGUGAUAUCCGCUUUAAACGCAGCAUCUAUCAAAAUUGUUAUGGUCACUGGUGAUAAUAUGCUAACUGCAUUGUCAGUUGCACGUGAUUGUGAUAUUGUCAAACCAGGAAUGCCUGUUAUAGCAGUGGCCACAAUUUCACAACAAAAUCAAACUAAACCUCAGGUUUAUUUCACUAGAAGUGAUAGUCAACAUAGUCCAAUGUCUCCCAAUGGUCAAGGCGAUUUUAGCGAAAUGACUGACCUCAAUAGUGUCAUUAGUUUAGAAACCAUUGAAAGUGGCUCAUUUAGCAAUCAUCAGACGGAAAAUAAUUUAAACUAUCUUUCUGACAACAUUUAUCAUGCAAAGAAUAAAUAUGUUUUUGCUCUAACUGGAAAAACUUGGGCCAUGAUCAAACAACAUUAUCCAGAAUUGAUACCAAAGUUAGUAACAAGAGGAGCUAUAUUUGCAAGGAUGUCUCCCGAUCAAAAACAACAAUUGGUUCAAGAAUUUCAAGCAUUGGGUUACUAUGUUGCAAUGAUUGGCGAUGGUGCAAACGAUUGUGGAGCAUUGAAAGCAGCUCACACGGGAAUUUCAUUAUCAGAUACGGAAUCAUCGGUGGCAUCACCAUUCACGAGCCGUGAAACAAACAUUUCUUGUGUAUUAACAGUGAUUCGAGAAGGUCGAGCGGCACUAGUCACAUCGUUUGGAAUAUUCAAGUACAUGGCUGCCUAUUCAUUAAUUCAAUUCGUUUCAGUGAUGCUACUCUAUGGAAUUGAAUCAAAUUUAACUGAUAUUGAAUUUCUCUAUAUUGAUCUUUUAAUAAUAUCAAUAUUAGCCUUCUUUUUUGGUAGAACUAAAGCAUACGCUGGACCUCUAGUCAAAACACCACCAUUAAACAGUCUAUUUAGUAUCACGCCAAUAAUAAGUCUUCUUAUACAAAUUCUUCUUGUUUCAUUCUUUCAAUAUAUAAGUCUUUGGCAUCUUCGUCAAAUGGAAUGGUUUAAGCCAUUUGUUGUAGCUGAUGAUAAAGAUGAUGUUGGCUGCCAUGAAAAUUAUACAAUUUUCAUUAUUAGCUCAUUUCAAUAUAUUAUGCUUGCUGUUGUUUUCUCCAAGGGUCCUCCAUAUAGAAAAUCACUUUUUACCAAUUAUGGUCUAUUAUCGGCUUUUAUAAUUCUUACAAUAUUUUCAACUUAUCUCGCUCUCUAUCCAUUUAAAUGGCUUCAAGAUAAUAUGGAGCUGAUACUACCUGAUGAUAUGAAUUUUCGUUUCUAUGUUGUUGCCUAUGGAAUUGGAAAUUUUUUCCUCUCAAUUCUUGUUGAAUAUUUUUUAGUUGAAUAUCUCUUUUUUGGUAAAUUAAGACAUCUUUGGUUCAAUAUGAAUAAAACAAAGAGAAAAUAUCUUGCUAUCGAAAGAGAUAUGGCUCGUGAUUUAAAAUGGCCGCCCUUAUCACAAGAACCAUUACCAGAAUCGGCACCCGAUAUUCUUAUACGACAGAGCGUUACUGAAAUUAAAAUUGAAAAACGUCUACCAGAGCCAUAUGUUAAAGUUGAUGUUGGAUUUCUCAAUAAUUCAGAGAAUGCAACAUUUAAACGAUUUGGAUCAGCGAGAGAAGUUACAUUAAAUCCUCGUUCAUUGUUUAAUGAUAAAAGAAAUACUGUUUCAUUACAAGCGGUUCCUUGUUUUGAGGAUAAAGAUUUAUCAAUAAAACAUCAACAAUUGGAGCUUGAAGUUAAAAGAAGACAUAAUUCAGAAUCAGAGAAUGGUAUUAAUCAAUAUGAAAAUCUUUCUCGUAUUCAUAAUACAAAUCCAAUUGCAACACUUCCAAGGAAUUUAGUAGCCAAUCAUCAGCAACAAAAAUUUAGACAAUUUAAUGAUGUUUCAAUUCAUAAAAGCGAGGACACAAACCUCAGGCCACAAACACAAAGUGUUCUUGAACUUGAUAUUCUACCAUCCUGAGAUACGGCCUCGCUCAGAUUUCCGUCUGAUAAAAGAACAUUUCAACAAUGGUGCUAUAAUAUCUUGCUCAUUAAUUACGAGCAAAUUAAUGUUCGAUCAAUUUUGCAUUUAUCGGGCCUGGGUACUUGUUGUUGUUGUAGUCAGAUUCUGAUGCUUUUCUUAACGGAAAUACGAGCCAAAAAGUUCGUAAAAAUAUAUAUUAGAAUUUUUUUUUGAAAAUUAAAAUCCUAUUUUAUAUUCUAGUAUUGUAAACCUUAAUGCAAAAAAAAAGUAUUAUUAUUAUUGUUUUAUGUAUAAAAAAGGAGAUCCAUUUAUUGCUGGAUUAUUAUUACUUAUAGCUGUAAUCUCAUUUAGAUUAGAUUUUGAUCUAAUCUAAUGAUUGAAUAUGGCCUUUUUUUUCAUUCUCAUUAAGCACAUUUGUUAUUAGACCUAAUUUUAUCGAGUUUAAGGUAAAUCGAAUACAGUCAAAAAAAAGUGGAAAUUUCUUGAAAAUUUUUCUUUAAACUUUAUUAGUUAAAAAGAAAUUUUUAAAAAAAUUUUAAUUUUUAAUCUUUUUAGUAAAACAAAAAUUGUUUUUAAAUAAUAAUAAUUUGACUGUUUCGAUGAUUUUAAAUUGAUAAUAUAUAUAUAUACUUAAACAUUUUGUGAUACAUACUUUUUCAUAUCAAUCCUUAAAAAAAAUUCUAUGUACAGUACUUAUUAUUGAAAAAUAACUAUAUAUAAUAUUGACUUGAAUUUUAAUAAGCAAUGAAUUUUUGAAGGAUUGGCCAUUAUCGAGAAUUAUUUCAUUGUUUUUCGAGAAUAUCACAGAAAAAAAAAAUCUGAGCUCAAAAUGAGUAACGCAACAAAAAUGGUGGCGCCACCAAAUAUUGUUUGGCUCAUUUUGAACUUGAGUCCAGUUUUUUUUUUUCUGUAAUAUCGCCGAACAAUUAUAGACAAAUGAUUUUAAAUUGCAGAAUAUUUUUUAAGCAGUUUUAAUUAAUUUCAAGAAAAUAAACAUUUCACAUUUCUAUAAAAUAAGUUCCAUAUUUGCAAUUUUUUAAAUUUUGAAAAAAAAAAUCAAUUUUUUAGAAUGAUUGUAUGCAUGAGAUAUUUAGUAAAAUUUUUGAGAAUUAAAAUAAGAAAUAAAUUUUCCUUGAAAAGAUUAUUUUAACGUUUCGAAGUCUGAAUAUUAAAAAAAAUAAAUAUAUAUAUAUAUAUUAAUAAACGAUAUUAUAGAACAAUUAAAUUUUUUUUCGUUUUUUUAUCAGACUUAUAGUAAACGUUAAUUUACUUUUUGAAAUUUAGAGAAACAAUUUUUUCUCUAUUCAAAAUUGAGGAAAAUUUAUUAUUUCUUAUUCCGCUUGGAUAAAAGAGAAAAAUUAUAAUUGUAUAGACAAAGAAAAACAUUUAGGAAACAUUAUAUAUAUAUAUAUAUUAUAGUGACAUUUAUGUGUUUUAUAGUAUACAUUAUAUAUGAAAAGACGUCGGCAAACUUUUACAAUUUGCUAGCUUGACGCUCAAUCAGUAAAGAAAUUAUAGAUAAAUUUAAUGUACAAGAAAAUAAAUUUAAUGUGUACUUGCACACGUGACGUCGUAAUAAUAAUAUGUUUAAAAAUUGAAGGAGUAGCGAUUAUCAAAUAAAAUAUAUUUAUAAACGCAA